AUGCUGAACGAUGAUGCAGUGCUUUUCAAAUUCCGCUCCGGUGUCACUUUAGAGCAGAAGAACAAGUUUAUUCGAGAGCUCAAGACACUGAAGAAUCUACCUUCAGUCAAGAAUGGACGGCUCAUUGUCGGUAGCCCCAGCGCCACGGAUCCCAUUGAACGAAGCAAAGGGUUUCAAAUAGCUCUUGUGAGUUACCACGAAAACCUGGCGGCUCUGGCAGAAUACCAAGCCAGCGAGGACCAUCACCGGGUAACGUCUACAUACUUCAUUCCGUACAAGGAGGAUUUGAUUCGAUUUGAUUUUGAGGUAGAUGUUGAGGACGAAUAUAUGUGUGGUGGCAACCGGUUCGGGAGCUCCGCUAACCUAACGGAUCUUCUCCGUCAGACCUUUUUCUCCACAUCUUCUACUUCCACAGGCUCGUUUACGUACGGGCGCAAUUGUCAAGACGUAAGCACCAGAUUUACAAUUGGACAUUUAGAGGCCUAA